ACAUGAAGUUCUUGUGCCGAACCAUCGCUGACGGACCACUCAAGUCGUAUUCGUUUAAACGAUUGGCGUAUUUGUCGCACAAAUUUCAACUCCACGUCCUGUUGAACGACUUACAGGAGCUGAAGGCUCAGAAACAGGUGGCGCACCGGGACUUCUACAACGUGCGCAAAGUGGACACUCACGUUCACGCGGCCUCCUGUAUGAACCAAAAGCAUUUGUUGCGAUUCAUUAAGAAGACCAUCAAAACGCGGAAAGACGACAGGGUUUGUCUCGAUGAGAACGGCAGACCAUUGACUCUCGAACAGGUGUUCAAUAUAUUGCAACUCACGUCCUAUGAUCUGAGCGUUGAUAUGCUUGACGUUCACGCCGACAGAAACACGUUUCACAGAUUUGACAAAUUCAACACUAAAUACAAUCCCAUCGGCGAAAGCCGUUUGAGAGAAAUAUUUCUUAAAACUGAUAAUUAUAUUAAUGGCGAAUAUUAUGCGGAAAUCCUUAAGGAAGUGAUGAUGGAUUUGGAGGAAUCCAAGUACCAACAAGCUGAACUUAGACUCUCAAUUUAUGGCCGAAAGCCGGACGAGUGGAACAAUUUGGCCAAAUGGGCGCUUAAGAACAAUGUCUACUCAGACACUGUUCGAUGGGUUAUUCAAAUACCAAGACUUUAUGAUAUAUACCGGGCGAACAAAUUGGUGGAAAAUUUUGAGCAAAUGCUGGAAAAUCUAUUUCUACCUCUGUUUGAAGCGACCAGUAAUCCCAACUCUCAUCCGGAACUCCAUUGC